CAAGCUCUCCUCCUAUGUGACUGUCUCUCCCCACAUCUGUCCUGGCCGCGUGCCCCUCCGAGCUCUCACCAUGGAUCUACAGCGCAAAGAAUACCCGGCAAUGCUGGAGUCGCUCCAGCCCGCCCAAGCAGUGAAUGUACUACACGACCGGAUCCGCAAUGUCAGCAAGCUGAAUUCCGACAUCGCGGAUUGGCUUCAGGAACGACGCCGGGUGGAGGAGCUCUAUGUCCAAGGCCUGCGGAAGCUCGCAAACAAACACCCUCCCGAUGAUUCCUCCGACCUCGGCAUUUUCUCAACACCAUGGCAGAAGAUCGUCGGUUCCGCCGAAGCUCUCGCCGACUCACACCACCAGCUCGCGCAGAAGAUCGAAGCCGACGUCGAACGCCCCCUCCGAGAAUUUGCCUCGGGCAAUCGCGAAAUGCAGGCCAUGUCGAACAUCUCCGGCAACCUGUCGGCCAUGGCCAAGGAGAUUGAGAACGCGCGGAAGAAGUCGGAAAGGCUCAGGGACAAGGGCGCAAAGGCUGCGGCGGGCAAAGUGGCCAAUGCCAUCACUGAGGUUGAGAAUGCCACCUCUCAAUGGGACUCGCAAGCGCCAUACGUUUUUGAGAAGCUACAAGCUGUGGAUGAGAGCCGGCUCAACCAUCUGCGGGACGUCCUUACUCAGUUUCAGACCCACCAGGUUGAUCAGGUGGAGCGCAAUAGGGUCAGCGCGGAGGAGACGUUGAAUGUGUUGCUCAAUGUCGAAACCGCAGACGAGAUCAAGACGUACGCAUUGAGAACACAGGGCGGGAAGCCAAAGACUCCGCGGCAACAGAGUAGCUAUUCCUCUCCAUCGAGGAACCUCGCUCCCCCUCCUCCUCCCAUAACACCAUCUGUUCAAACAGAUGAUGGGUCAAGCCAAAGAAGCGGCUCAGUCCAAGAGGCGAAGCAUGGGGGUUUAAGUAGUCUCAAGAGAUUUGGCACUGUCCUAGGGCGCCGAAGACAGAGCACUCAUCCCUAUGGUCGUAGUCUAUCUCCAGAAAGGAAGUCAUCGUCGAACCUUGGCACAAGUUCACUAUUCGGGCACAGGGGUAAAGCAAAAGAAGGUUCACAGCCCCUACCAGAGCGACCUUCAUCGCCCCUGCGAAGGUUGUCCACAAACUUGUCGAAUCCGCGUCCAUCAGAUGGUUCGAGCUCCCCGGUACAGACGCGACGAUCCAGUAGUGAUAAGCCGAACGGGACAACACCUGAUCUAUCCAAUGACCCUCCCUCUAGCUCUGCUGGUUUUUCUAACGGUAACCCUCCCGAGUCGAUACCAGAGUUACAGGAACCAUUGCAGCCCAUGACAAGCUCCGCCGUUCAGCCCGAGCCCCAGAAGGACGAAGAAGGGUACUCAUUACCGCCGACUACAUUAGACGCAAUCUCUCAGGCCGAGCACGAUGCUCAAUUGGCGAAUGAAGCAAGCACUCCGCAAUUUAAAGUUGACAUCCGGAACGCACCUAUUCAAGAGGAGGAAGGCGAUGCGGAUGCAGCGUUAGCUAAUGUCGCCAACACCCUUCGCGCUCAAGCUAUUCCUGCGAGGAAAACAGGAACGGUGAGGGGUCGUAGGGAUGUCAGGAACACGAUCUUCAUUCCAAACCCCGCGACUCCGGAGCUCACCAGCAUUGGCGAAAGCUCUGUUCCGCCUAUGCCCAUCCCAGCUGUUGCUUCGCCUCCCGUCCCAACGUCCGCACCGAUCCCUGCGCCUAUUGUCACGCCUAACGCCAGCAUAUCGUCCUUGCCAGGAUCACCGCCAACAGCGACAUCGAUAGCGCCACCGCACUCUCCGUUCAAACUCGGCCACAGAUUCCUUGGAGAAGACCAUGCAUCCUCGGAUACGCAAUCUAUCAGAUCAGGCCGCUCUCUUAGUAGCACCGGUAGCACAACUAUCAAACACCCAGACCUGCAUGGCCCGGGAUUGAACUCGUCGCUCGUAGAGACUGUGAGCACGUGGUUUGAGCAAGGCACUAUUACGAAAGCUAUGGUGAUUGGACAAGUUGCACUGGCGUUCAACCCACUUGAUCUGUCCCAGCCCUUCGGCACCGAGAGCAUUCGGUUGGAGAAUUUUCCGGUACUCGAGAAAGUAGCACCCAAUCCAGCCUUCAUCGAGCAAGUCACCGAUACUCCCGGCAAUUAUAGUGUCGACUUGGCCAGGAUCACCAAGACGUCUGUGGCUUUCCACUACCAGGUCCACCUCGAUAGCACCAACCUAGCAACUUUUGCUCCAUUGAUGCUUUCUCCGGCUUGGAAAGUAGAGGCAACGCAUACAUCAGCGCUUUUGAGUUAUUCCCUCAACCCAGCCUUCCCACUCGGGUUGUCCACCAACAUUACCCUCCACAACGUGGUCCUGGUCAUGCGCCUCGAGCCCGGUGUCAAGACGACCCACUGCCAAUCUAAGCCCGUAGGAACUUUCUCCCGGGACAAGGCGCUCAUUUACUGGCGAUUAGGCGACGUAACGCUAUCGCCGGACCAACCCGCACACCAGAUCCGAGCACGCUUCUUCACGGAUGGCGAGGCCAAGCCCGGCAAUGUAGAGGCGCGAUGGGAGAUUAGCGGCGAACACGCAGCGGCGAUGGGCAGUGGGUUAAGCGUCAGCCAGCUGGACACUGAGAACAAGACAGAGGUAGAAGUGGACCCGUUCGCGGACGAGAGCGCGGCGCCAGCCAGCCCGGCGGCUGUGUGGAAGGAGGUGCAGAGCGUGCGGCGCAUCUCGAGCGGGACGUAUGUCGCGACGUAGAACGGUGAUGUAAUUGGGUAAGUGGAGCCGUCGACGACGUUUUGG